AUCACUUAGAAACAAAUUGUGAUUGCCGAUGGGCGGUGGAGGGACUGUGGAGCAGGACAACAGGGGAGUGGCUGGAGCAGGAGUCUUGGGUUGUGGACGUCGUCGCCAACUCGGUCAGCAAUUCAGCUGGGCUAUUUGGGAGAGUAGGCAGGCUGCACGGCGGCGGAGAACAACAGGCGACUACCGAAGGCGAGUGGCGGACCGGAGGCCUUUGUGUCUAUGGGAUCUGGCUCUGUGACUUGCGUGCUUCAAGAAGAAGAAGACAUGUUUCUCCAGGUUUGGGACUUCCGAUAUCUACAUACGUACGACUAGAUUAUUUGGGGACCGGUAUCUCUGUAAUUUUUUUUACUCCGUAUACAUUAUACUUCGUAAAUAACAUCCUUACAAACAUCAAGAUUGCUCAAUACCAUUAUAGAAAAGUUGGUAUUUUCUGGAUAUAGUGUAUUGUGAAAGAGUAGUUGGUGGGAGAUUUCAGGUGGAUAAAUCAAGAGAGGAUUUUAAUUUGGUUUUGAGAUAGACAUCUGGGUAGAUGGGAAGAAGAAGAUUAUAGAGACAUGGGGAAGGAGAGAGAACUGGGGAUUGGGGUCCGCGUUAGAUUAUUGGACUUAUACUACAUGUAAUAUUCACAAUAUACCUAGUAUUAUUUAUCGAGUUUAAUUGUAUGUUAUAUGCUAUCUUAUAUUUAGGUCCAAAAAUUAGUGGUCCUAUGGAUAUUAAUUUAAGUGGGCUAAUAAGUUAUCUAAUAAGGUAUAGGGCCUAAAUGUGUAGAGACCCAUAGACUUGACCUAAUCAAUGAUAGGCUGAUUAGGGUUAAGCACACUCUACAAAUAAGGGGUUAUGGUCCCUAUUUGAGCACGUCAUUCCGUCUUUCUGCAUCCCAUCGCUAGAGAGAUAAUUCCCGAGGGUGUGUAUCAACUUGAAGACGCAAACCCUAGCCUCCGUCUCCCAGAUCUCUAAACAUCAUCUCCCACGGAGUCAGGUACGCUUCCGCUCAGUCAAUUCUCUAGAUAAUUCCAAUAUGAAAAUUAAAGUAUUAAUGGAUUUAUUCCAACAAUUGGUAUCAAAGCCUCCUUCAUAUUGAAUUAUUUGGAGUAUUCAUACUUUUGUUUCAAUCUUAAACGAUUGAAUUUGGGAUAUUUCUUUUGUCAUAUGAUCUGUCGAUUAAAUAAAAUAAGGGUAAUGCGAUUUUGCAUUUUAGCAAUUCGUUCCUAAUGUAUUCAGGAAUCGACAGUUUAUGAUCAAACGGAAUCGUUAUGUUUGAGUAUGAUGUUUCAUAUUUUCUUUUCUGAAUCGGCGAUUGAAAUCUGCCGAGGCAGUCUCAUUUGGGAUGCUGUUUUUGUAUUCUUUCUUUGUAUAUGCUUAUUUGAAAUCCCAAUAGUGAUAAAGUAUGCAAUAAGUACGUGGAAUCAACAAUUUUAUUCAUUCAGUACUGUACUUUGCCGAUCAAUCUAUUAUGUUUGGAUUGAUGCGUUUUUUUUGUUAAUGGAUUGAUAUUCAUAUAACCUUACGGAGUAUUAUUGUUUAUUACUCCGUAAUUUAUUACAGGGUAUUUUAUUUGGGUGUGGCUGAUGUGAUUCAAGUUGCUUCACAAUUUCCUUAGGGAAUUAGCCACGUACGGUUGUUCAUAGUAUAAUGAUUGUUCUUGAUAUGCUUCCAAAUUUUCAGCCAUUAAAAUCAAUUUUGAGUUCCAGUUUUAUUGUUUGAUUCAGCCAUUAACCGCGUACGGUGAUUCAUGACACUUAAUUAUUUGAUUUAGUUCCAAUUUUGAGUCUGCCGAACAAUAUAUGCAUAAUAAAGUUUGAUAUGUUUCCUUUUUUGGGUGAAUCAAUCUUGGAAGUUUUUAUAUGGCUUUGGUAAUUAAGUACAUAUAUGUGAUUACCGGUUUUGAUAAUUAAAUACUUAUAUGUAGUUAUGGCCAACAUAUUAGUUCUAUCAGAAAUACAUAAUUUGGGUAUUACUAGAAAAUAGAAAUAGAUUACUUUUGUUAGUGAUCAUGAUUUACGACUUGAAAAAAAUGUGUAUUGUGUGUUAUGGGAUGUAUAAACCCUAUUUUGUGAUCGCACGGUGAUUGGGUACGAGUUUUAAAAAUUAUCGUUAUACAUAACACAUUUACAUGUGAUUCAGAAAAAUUUGCCCAAUUUUAUUUUUCAAAUUUUCGAGUUAAUAUUAGCAUGUCUGAUAUUUGGGUUAGUUAAUUGACACAACAUGCUGCCAAAGUAGCCUCUCUUGUUGAAAUUAAUUAACUCAUGUAUUAAGAUGAUUAUGUACUUUCAUACUUCAUGUGGAUAAUAAUCGGCCCAAAGGAAGGUUAUUAUUUGGCCGAAAUUUAAGUACAUUUGUGAUAAUAAAAUUUGUGGUGAUUAUGAAGUUUUUCGUGUGAAUAUUAAGUCGGUCUAAAGAAAGGCUUAAUAUUUGACAUGUUUUAUUAUCAAAAUUUUAUUACCACACCAAGAGUACCACUUGCAAGUCUAAUUUAUGUCUAAAGACAAGAUUAGAUGUUGCGCUAGAUAUCUUGUGAUGGGGAUUGCUAAUAUUUAAAUUUAAAAUUAAUUAUCAAAUUAAUUUCAGUUCCUAGAGCAUAUCAUUUAUAUUAUUUUUUGUUCUCUUUCAGUCAACAAUUCUGCUGCUACAAUACCUGCUAAUAUUAAUAGCAUCCCAGUGCUUAACGGCACGAAUUUUAAGGAAUGGAAAUAUAACGUUAUGAUUGUUCUCGGUUGCAUGGAUCUAGACCUUGCACUUCGGACUGAGAAACCCGCCGCUCUUAAGGACACAUCUACCCUUGAUGAAAAGAGGGAGAUGGGGAGGUGGGAACGCUCAAACAACAUGAGUCUAAUGAUCAUGAAAUGUGCAAUUCCAGAAUCAUUCAGGGGCACAAUGUCUGAUGAGACUGAUGCCAAAUCGUUCCUUGCCGAACUUGAAAAGCGUUUUGCUAAAAAUGAAAAGGCGGAAACUAGUACUCUUUUGAGCACUCUUGUUUCCAUGAAGUAUAAAGGUAAAGGGAACAUAAGGGAGUACAUUUUGGAAAUGUCUCACAUUGCUUCAAAACUAAGUGCACUAAAGCUUAUUUUACCUGAGGAAUCGCUUGUGUAUUUAGUUUUGAUCUCUCUUCCUUCUCAAUUUAAUCAAUUUAAAGUCAGUUACAACUGCAUUAAGGAGAAAUGGUCUCUCAAUGAGCUCAUUUCUCAUUGUGUUCAAGAGGAAGAGAGAAUAAAGCAAGAUAAGACUGAAAGUGCUCAUUUGGCAUCUACCUCUAAGGGCAACAGGAAAAGGAAAAUUAAGGAAGCUGUAAAUUCAGGGCCUCAAAGAAAGCAUCAUAAGGAAACUAAGGAAGAAACUAAGGAAUCUGGAUGCUUCUUUUGCAAAGGGACUAAUCACAAGAAAAAGAACUGCACUAAGUACCACGCCUGGCGUGCGAAAAAGGGGUUGCCCGAGCUGCCAAAAACCAAUUGAUGGUGAAAGAUACAUCUAUGUCGGUGAUGGCAAGCGGGUGGAAGUUGAGGCUAUCGGUGUUUUUAGAUUAUUAUUAAAGACUGGUUUUUAUUUGGAUUUGAAAGAGACAUUUGUUGUGCUGUCAUUUAGGCGGAAUUUAAUUUCUAUUUCUGCAUUGGACAAAUUUGGUUAUUCUUGUUCAUUUGGAAAUAGUUAGUUUAGUCUAUUUCAAGAUUCAAAACUUAAUGAUACUGGUCUUUUAUCAGUUUAUGAUAAUCUAUAUUCACUUGAUAUAAAUACCUCAUAUAAUGAAA